CAAAACAAAUGAUAAAGUGCCCAUAAAAUACAACUGUGUGUUUUACUAACACUAGCGAUUCAGCACAGAUACGAAUAAACAUAAAAAGUAAACAAAUGGGGAAAAACGGUGAGCUAAGCUUUUAAAAUUGGAUUUAAAACAAAAUAGCAGCAACAACAAAACAGCCGACAGAAUGAAAAAAAGCUAAAAAAUUGCAAGACUUUUAAAAACUGGCUCAGUUGAAAUUUGUUAUUAAAUGUGAGAACAACAAUUCAGAAAAAUAUAAAAAAAAGAAACGGGAAAUACCUACAGAAAAUAAGUGUUAAUAAAAUUAGAUGAUUUUUAACAAUUUAUUUAAAAGGAAAAUUAAAUAACUUUAAGAAAACUAAAAAACAAAUUACAAACAACAAAAAUAAAGAGUUCAACCUAAGUGAAAACAAACAUACCAACAAAAUGGAACGUACAUCCCAGCGUUCCAAUUUUAAAGAGAAUUCAUUAAAUUCUAGCUGUGAAAAUGUCUUAAAAAUAGUCGAACAUCAAAGUAAAACAAAAACCUACAAACACGUGGCUGAGAACACAGAAACUCAAAGAUCCAGCACAGUAACCCUAAAGACUAUUCAAAAUUUACCACAAACCACCUCAAGUACAGGUCAACGUAAGAAACGAUUACAAAGACAAAAGUCAACGGUGUAUAGUGGUGAUGAGACAGAAUAUGCCGCCGAUCUCGAAGAGGAGGAUGAUGAUGAUGAAAUCGAUGAGGGUUAUGGUCCCAAUGAAAGAGAAUCCAAUUUAACAUUACCGGUCGUCUCCAAUUUAACCAGUCAGAAAAAGAAACAAGUACGUUUUCGCAAUAAACAACAAAGUGAGAGUUCAUUGAAACUGAUGAGUCAACUUUCACCCAUCGAAAAGACUUUCUCCUCUUCAUCCUUGACAUCUUCAUUAAAUUCAACAUGUACCACUGGUUCGGCGAGCAGUCAUGAACGUCGCUUAAAGUCCGAUGGUUCGUUUGAUUCGAUACCAGAAUUGCCGCAUUGCAGUGGUCUACUACAGAGACAAAAGUGUAUUUUAAAUCGUGAUAAUUCAGUACAUUCCGAUUCCAGCCGUUAUUCCAGUGUGGAUAGCUUACUAGAGGCUCGCAAACCUGAUCCAGAGGCCAUACUAAUAAAUCUUGGUUUUGGUCCAGUGGGCUCAGAAGACAUACUCUCACGCAUACCAAAGCGUUUUCUUAAACCCUCUCAAGUGCGUGGCAUAGACACUGAAGCCUUUAUAAAACGUCUGCAGCUGGCCAAUAAUUUGGCCGAUCAUAGUGUUUUGGGCUAUCGUGGCCUCACCGGCAAUCCAGAUAUUCCACCUUCCCAUAUAGUGGCCAAAAUAAUGGAACGUUUUGAGGUUAAUGAGCGCAAAAAGUCAAUAACCUCUAUGGAACUGAAAUUACGAUGACCAUUCAUAGUUAAGCUGUUUUAGUU